GAUAUUGAAAAAAAACAUCGAUAUCGUAACAUCGAUAGUUUUAGUUUUUUAUUAUCGAGUAUCGAUAUAUCGUCUCCAUAAAAUAUCGAUAGAAAACAUCGAUACUUUAGAAAAAAAACAUCGAUAGUUGAAAUAUCGACAGAUAUCACUCAUCCCUAAUUAAAAAAAAAAUCGAUAUCGUAACAUCGAUAGUUUUAGUUUUCUAUUAUCGAGUAUCGAUAUAUCGUCUCCAUAAAAUAUCGAUAGAAAACAUCGAUACUUUAGAAAAAAAACAUCGAUAGUUGAAAUAUCGACAGAUAUCGCUCAUUCCUAAUUAAAAAAAAAUCGAUAUCGUAACAUCGAUAGUUUUAGUUUUCUAUUAUCGAGUAUCGAUAUAUCGUCUCCAUAAAAUAUCGAUAGAAAACAUCGAUACUUUAGAAAAAAAACAUCGAUAGUUGAAAUAUCGACAGAUAUCGCUCAUUCCUAAUUAAAAAAAAAUCGAUAUCGUAACAUCGAUAGUUUUAGUUUUCUAUUAUCGAGUAUCGAUAUAUCGUCUCCAUAAAAUAUCGAUAGAAAACAUCGAUACUUUAGAAAAAAAACAUCGAUAGUUGAAAUAUCGACAGAUAUCGCUUAUUCCUAAUUAAAAAAAAAAUUGAUAUCGUAACAUCGAUAGUUUUAGUUUUCUAUUAUCGAGUAUCGAUAUAUCGUCUCCAUAAAAUAUCGAUAGAAAACAUCGAUACUUUAGAAAAAAAACAUCGAUAGUUGAAAUAUCGAUAGAUAUCGCCCAUCCCUAUUAUUGACCAAUUUUGCUUUUAAAUUUGCUUGCAUUUGUUGAGUUGGCUACAUUUUCGUUACCCCCAUUUUCUUAUUACCCCCUUCUCAAUUCCCUCUAUCCAUUUAAAAUUCUCCCGGCAAAAUUCAAAUUUAAAAAAAUUCCCGCCACUUUUUCUUUCUUACCGACCUACCCCCAAAAAAUAAUAAUAAUCAUAACCUGCAUUACCUCAUGAGUGAUUACUUUCUUUUUCUAACGUGUGUACAUCGUCAUAUAUUUUUAUAAACAAUAAAAAUCCCAUAGAGCAAAAAUUUAAAUUUAAAAAAUUAAAAAAUCCGCAAAUUCGCGGGUUUUUUUAAAUAAUUCUUUUUUUUUACAUAAAAUUAAGUAACUGGUAAUUAAAAUGGCUUGUAGUAAUUUACUUAACCUCUCUACCUCAACAAAAUGCUGUAAUUUUUUACUUGCAAGGCAGUACAGCGCAAACAAAUUACGGAAACUCGAGAAAAAAUUUGAGAUCCCGCCUCGACCUAAACGACCUCUGAAUGCGUUCAUGAGGUUCUCGAUGCUCAAUAGGGAGGAAAUAAAAACAGAAUUUCCGGGAUCUAGUGCCAGCGCGAUAACGAAACAACUGGGAGCCAAAUGGAGUCUUUGUGAUAAAAGUUUCAAAGAUAAAUUGCAGAAUGAAUUCAAGGAAGAGAUGGACGAUUACUCGAGGCAGAUGAUGGUGUACGAAAAGUCCCUCACUGAUGAGCAGAAGCAAAUGUUCAAGAAAAUCACCAUUAAGCCAUCGGCGUCCAAAAAAAAAUCAGAAAUACGAAUGAGGUUGGAAGAGCUGGGGAAGCCGAAAAAACCUCCGACUACUUUCAUAAUUUACAUGCUGUCAAAAAUGAAUACUAAGGAUCCGAGUGUUAAAUUUUCGGAGUGGCUAGGGGUGAUUGCCAAAGAAUGGGCAUCUUUGUCACCAGAUAAACGCGAGAAAUAUGAAACAGAGAGUAAGAAAUUGAUGGAGCAGUACAAGAAUGAGAUGACCCAGUGGGAAGAAAAAAUGAUAAAAAUGGGACACAUAGACGUCGUGAGACGCCAAGUACUUCUUGAAUUAAAAGACAAACGUGUAAAUGAAGAAAAAUCCAGUCAAUAAAGUCAUUAAUUUAAAAGAAAAAAUUUUUUCAAUUUUAUAAAAAAAAAUUUUUAGUUUUUCUUCCAUUCUUAAAUUUUAGUUUUGAAAAUAAUUAUUACAAUAGAGUUAGAAUUAUCUGAGUGUAAUUAGGCUAAGUAUAAUAAAAUA